AUGCCAAAGAACUCUCCAGAGCCAGGCCAGGCUCUGCAGUGCUACGAAUGUAAAAUUGGCUUCUGGAACCUGUGCAUCACGAAGACGGUGACGUGCGCAGAAGGAGAGCGUUGCUUCAGCGGCAAAGGCAAAGCAGCUGGCUUCGUGGACGUCUCCAUGAAGGGUUGCCUGAAAUUGAACAAGUGCAAUUCCACCGAGGACGUGAAUUUCCCCUCCAGCAGCAACACCACCAUCUACAAAAUGACCAAGACUUGCUGCCUCGGCAACCUGUGCAACGCCGCGCCGGGCGUCUCCAGCUCGGCGCUGGUCCUCUCCACCGUCGCCGCUUUGCUUAUGGCACACAUGUUGGUGUAA